UGACAUGGCUUGACCGAUCUCUGCGGGAAGUUUCAGGAAAUGCAACAGGUGUCAGAGCCGCAGGUAAUGAACCGUGUGCUGCCGUAAGUGUCUGCGGGUUCACACACCGGCGGGGUCACCCGGCGCACUGUACCGGGGUCAGUCACGUUGAUCAGCGGCCAGUAUGAAAACAUUUGACCCGUGUGUGUGUUCGCUGUGCUCCAGCUCUCGUUAGCGUCCCGGGCUAGCUGCCGUGUGUUCCUUGAAGGUGCCUCUGUGCGUCGGACGGGGGAACAACUGCGCAGUCUUUCACACGGUCAGGUGGCACCAUGGACGACAACAGCCUGAAUGUCUCCAAUGUGAAGGUCGCCGUUCGUGUGCGACCAAUGAACAGGAGAGAGAAAGAGCUAAAGACAAAAUGUGUGGUGGAGAUGGAGGGGAGUCAGACCGUUCUGCAUCCAGCCAUCACCAACACAAACAAAGGAGAUCCUCGGAGUCAGCCGAAGGUGUUUGCCUACGACUACUGCUUCUGGUCCAUGGAUGAGUCCCAGCAGGACAAGUUUGCAGGUCAGGAUGUGGUGUUCCAGAGCCUGGGGAAGAGUCUGCUGGACAACGCCUUCAUGGGCUACAACGCCUGCAUCUUUGCUUAUGGACAGACAGGCUCGGGGAAGUCGUACACCAUGAUGGGCUCGGCGGAGCAGCCCGGUCUGAUCCCCCGACUCUGCAGCUCCCUGUUCAGCAGGACUGUGCAGGAGGCCCGGGAGGGAGAGAGCUUCACCGUGGAGGUCUCCUACAUGGAGAUUUACAACGAGAAGGUCCGAGACCUGCUCGACCCCAAAGGAAGUCGAGCAGCGCUCCGAGUGAGAGAGCACAAUGUGUUCGGACCGUACGUCGACGGCCUGUCUCGCCUGGCGGUGGCCAGCUAUAAGGACGUCGAGUCUCUGAUGUCAGAGGGAAAUAAAUCUCGUACAGUCGCAGCCACGAAUAUGAACGAAGAGAGCAGCAGAUCCCACGCUGUGUUCAACAUCAUCCUCACACACACACUCAUGGACCUACAGUCUGGGACGAGCGGCGAGAAGGUGAGCAAGCUGAGUCUGGUGGAUCUGGCCGGCAGCGAGCGAGCCGCCAAGACCGGAGCGGCGGGCGAACGUCUGAAAGAAGGAAGCAACAUCAACAAGUCUCUCAGCACUCUGGGUUUAGUUAUCUCGGCCUUGGCUGACCAGGGAGCCGGGAAGAACAAGAACAAGUUUGUUCCCUACAGAGACUCGGUGCUCACCUGGCUGCUCAAGGACAGCCUGGGAGGGAACAGCCGCACCGCCAUGGUCGCCACCAUCAGCCCGGCCGCAGACAACUACGACGAGACGCUGUCCACCCUGCGUUACGCCGACAGAGCCAAGAGCAUCGUCAACCACGCCGUCGUCAACGAAGACCCCAACGCCAGGAUCAUCCGGGAGCUCCGGGAGGAAGUGGAGAAGCUGAGGGAGCAGCUCACCGAGGCCGAGUCUAUGAAGGCCCCCGAGCUGAAGGAGCGGCUGGAGGAGUCUGAGAAACUGAUCCAAGAGAUGACGGUCACCUGGGAGGAUAAACUCAGGAAGACUGAGGCUAUUGCACAGGAGCGUCAGAGGCAGCUGGAGAGUCUGGGUAUUUCUCUGCAGUCCUCUGGAAUCCGAGUGGUGAACGACAAGUGUUUCCUGGUCAACCUUAACGCCGACCCCGCCCUCAACGAGCUGCUGGUCUACUACCUGAAGGAGCACACACGUGUGGGCUCGGCCAACUCGCAGGACAUCCAGCUGUGCGGGAUGGCCAUCCACGCCGAGCACUGCGUCAUCGACAUCACCGAGAGCAGCGGCGUGGUGCUCACGCCUCACCGCAACGCUCGAACAUGUGUGAACGGCGCCGCGGUCACCAGCCCGGUCCAGAUCCAUCACGGUGACAGAAUCCUGUGGGGCAACAACCACUUCUUCAGGAUCAGCCUGCCGCGGCAUAUGGUCCACGCAGGAGGCGACGAUGAGGACGGCGGCGCUGCGAUGAAGACGUGUCUGAGCACCGACCAGCUGGAGGUGGACCUGGAUGCAUCCAGCGACGUGUCGAGCGAGCUGAACUUCGGCUACGAGUUCGCUCAGGCCGAAGUCAUGAUGAAAGGAAUGGGCAACAACGACCCCUUGCAGUCGGUGUUGCAGACCCUGGAGAGGCAGCACGAGGAGGAGAAGCGUUGCGCCCUGGAGCGACAGAGGCUGAUGUACGAACAGGAGCUGCAGCAGCUCCGCCGACGGCUGACUCCUGAGAAACCCUCCCACCUGCUGGAGGCGGUGAGUCUGCUGCCCGACGCCGCUGCAGUGACGUCACACGGCUCCCACAAACGCAUGCGGCGCUGGAGCGAGGACAGAGAGGCCAUGAUGACGCGCAGCCUGCGGCGCCUGAAGGAGCAGAUCGUUCGGGCCAACCUGCUCGCGCAGGAGGCGAGCUUCAUCGCCGAGGAGCUCAACAAGAGGACGGAGUACCUGGUCACCCUGCAGAUACCUGCUGCCAACCUGAACGCCAACAGGAAGCGUGAUGCAGUGCUGAGCGAGCCGGCCAUCCAGGUGCGUCGUAAAGGUAAAGGGAAGCAGAUCUGGGCUCUGGAGAAGAUGGAGAACAGGCUGGUGGACAUGAGGGAGCUGUACCAGGAGUGGAAGGACUUCGAUGAAGACAGUCCAGUGAGUCGGUCCUAUUUCAAGCGUGCCGACCCGUUCUUCGACGAGCAGGAGAACCACAGUCUGAUCGGCGUGGCCAACGUGUUCCUGGCCUGCCUGUUCUACGACGUCAAGCUGCAGUACGCUGUGCCCAUCAUCAACCAGAAGGGAGAGGUGGCCGGCCGGCUGCACGUGGAGGUGUGGCGGGGGACGGACGUCUCUCAGCAGGACGCUUCAGGACCGUCUGACGCUCAGCAGAACGUCGCAGACAGAGAACCACAGGAGCGCAAACUGGACUGUGUGGUGAACAUCCUCCAGGCCAACGGUCUGCCUCGCCACCUGUCCAACUUCGUCUUCUGUCAGUACCACUUCUGGGGGCAGGAGGAGCCGGUGUUCAUCGCUCCAGAGGUGGAACCCUCCAGCUCGUCCUCCGUCUCCAAAGACCCUCAGUGCACCGUGGUCUUUGACAGCGCCAAGGAGCUGUCGGUGCCGGUGUCAGAGGAGUUUGUGGAGUUUCUAGCCGACGGCGCCGUGGCCAUCGAAGUUUAUGGCCACAAGCAGGCCAACCAUCGCAGGAACCUGGCGCUGUGGGACCUCGGAGUGAUCCAGGCCAAGACCCGCUCCCUCAGAGAAAGGUGGAGCGAGGUGACCCGUCGGCUGGAGUUGUGGGUGCAGCUGAUGGAGCUGAACGAGGCCGGAGAGUUCACGGCUGUCGAUGUCGUUCCUGCUAAAGACGUUCGCACGGGAGGAAUCUUCCAGCUCCGACAGGGUCAGUCCCGUCGCAUCCAGGUGGAGGUGCGUUCAGUACCGGAUUCAGGCACCAUGCCCCUCAUCCCCGCCUCCAUCCUCUCCGUGUCCAUAGGAGACGUCAAAGUCCAGCUGGUGCGUCCGGGUGGGGAUGAAGAAAUGGACAGCUACCAAGAGGUGGACCUGGAGAGGAUGAGGGGACAGUGGCUGGAGAUUCUGACCCAGAGGCAGGAGUAUCUGGACCAGCAGCUCCAGAAGAUCGUCUGCAAACCAGAUAAAUCCGAGGACGAUGUUGAGAGGGAGUCCCAGCUGCUGGAGUGUCGCCUGACGCUGACCGAAGAACGCAACGCCGUUCUGGUGCCGUCGGCUGGCAGCGGCAUCCCCGGAGCUCCGGUCGAGAGGGUUCCUGUCCCUGGGAUGGAAACACACAUUCCCGUCCUGUUCCUGGACCUCAGCGCUGACGACUUCCAGUCCAGUCUUUCAGCGCCGUUGGCCGGAGGGCUGGAUGCGCUGCUGAGCGGGGAGGAGGAGGACGAUUUCUUCGAACUUCACGUUGUUAAACACUACGAUCCAGAGGUAAAGCUGGAGGCUUCCUGGGACUCGACGGUGCACGAGUGUCCCCAGCUGAGUCGCGUGGGCUCAGCUGAGCAGAGGGUGUACCUGACGGUCAGGACGGUGGUCCAGCUGAGCCACCCGGCCGACAUGCAGCUGGUACUCAGAAAACGGAUCUGCGUCAACAUCGCUGGGAGACAGGGUUUUGCACAGAGCCUGCUGAAGAGGAUGUCUCAGCGCAGCACCAUCCCCGGCUGUGGAGUCACCUUCGAGAUCGUCUCCAACAUCCCUGGAGACAUCCACGGUCCAGAGGACAGAGAGAUGCUGGCCAGGCUCGCCGCCAGCACCGAGGACGACCAAUCAGCUGACAGCGAGGCGGCCAUCGAGAAAUACCUCCGCAGCGUCCUGGCUGUGGAGAACAUCCUCACUCUGGACCGACUCCGACAGGAGGUGGCUGUGAGGGAACAGCUGGCCGUCAGAGGGAAAGCUUCCAGACGCUGCCUGAGCUCUCCGAACAUCAACCGGCUGUCAGCCAGCAGUCUGGAGCUCUACUCCUCCACUCAUAAACUCAACAACUUUAAGGGCUGGGAGAGCCACCAGGACCUUUCUGUGGCGCCGCCCCCGUCCAGACGCACUCUGCCCGGCUCCGUAUCCCAGAACCUGAACCCACAGACAGUGCAUUCAGGCUUUGCUGCGUCUUAUCUCCCUCCAGUGAAGGCCGUACCCCAGCUGCUCAAGUCGCUGCUUCCUGGUGGGAAGGAAGAUAGCAAAGACCAGACAGCUGUCCAUCAGCAGGGUCACUGUCCUGAGCCAGAGACGGCUCGGAUAGUCGUGUUCGACCUGCUGUCUGACGGCAGACACGUCGUCCACAGUUUACCUCGCAUCAUGGUGCAGUCAGCCAGUGUUGAAGAGGGCAUCAGCAAACAGCAGCAGCCGGUUCCAAUUGAGGAAAUCAUUCCUCCCGACCUCCUUUCAGAGAGUCCCAGAUCCGUGACCCUUCCGCCCUCGAUCAUCCCAGAGUCCGAGGACUCCACACCAAGCCCGACUAGCGAAGCGUCGAGCGGAUACAUCUCGACGAGUAUCUCCACAGCAACACUGUCAGAAGUCUACACGCUGAGCUGGGACCUGCCUCCAUCAUCUGGCAGCAAAACUGACGACUUUGAGGUGGUGCAGGAUGAAGAGGACAUUAAAGUCACUCAGUCUGACACGUAUCCUGUCCUCGUGGACCGAUCGGCGCCUCUGGAGUCAUUGCUGGUUGUGGACGGUACAGUAGCUGAAGAAAAGACCGACCUGUCCUGGUCCAAACCAGACGAUACGCCAUCAGAUUCAAACCAGAGUCAACAAGAACCAAAUCAUUCUCCCUCAGUCCAGAAGGAGCCAGGAGAGCCAGAUUCAGACUUCCUGUGCCAGACCAAACGAAAGCAAGUCUCACCAAUCGACCGCAUUGCAGUGGAACAGUUGGACAGUUUGGAUCCACUUAAAGAAACGUCGCCACAAGAUGAAACCAAACCGACAGACAUUUCACAAACGGAGGACUUGAAGCCAGAGGUUCCCCUGACAGAAGAACUCCAGCCAGCUGCCGCAGACGAGACGGAGGCUGAGCUGUCACUGCAACACGAUCCACAACCGCCUGCAAACGGUCAAUCUGAAGCUAUCAUCCCUCAGCCACAGCAGCCAGAACCGGUCCAAAAGACCUUAGAUCCUGCUCAGGAUCCAGCUCCAGACCUGAUACCUGUUGUGCCCAAAGUAGUGGUGUCAGCUCCUGCCUCUUCCGGCAAUCUGCUUCUUGUAUCUUCAUCUGAGGAACAGGAAAAUUCUGGGUUGUCAAAUCCAAGUGGCACCUCCAUCCUGACUUCAUCCUCCACCACAGAUGAGGUCCAACAGGAAACACCUGCCAGCACAUCAACAGAACCCUCCACUGCUUCAGAUCUGUCCAGUGUUCAGUCUUCCAAACCUGAUGUGUCAGUGGCAAACCCCUUCAAGAUCCAGAAAGUCAAGUCUUCAGACCUCAAGUCUUUUCAGCGUAUUCUGAGCGAGGAGGAGGAAAAGCUGGCGCGGGACAACCGGGCCAGCAGCCCUGGAGCGGGACAGAACCUCUCUGUGCCGAUGGAGAGCCUGGAAAUCAUCUCGGACACUGAGGAAGGAGACGAUACCACUGUUGUUCCUGAAUGGCUGAAAGAAGGGGAGUUCGUGACUGUGGGGACCAACAAGAGCGGCACCGUCCGUUACGUUGGACCCACAGACUUUGCAAAGGGUACCUGGGUGGGAGUGGAGCUGGAGGUACCAGCAGGAAAGAAUGACGGUUCGGUGGGUGGCAAGCACUACUUCCACUGUAACCCUGGUUACGGCGUGCUGGUCAGACCAGACAGAGUGAGCCGGGGAGGCGCCAAGCGCCGCCGCCAGCAGCAGAAGCGCCGUAGUGCCAACCUGUCUGGAUCCAGCCCGAACCUGGCAGCUCUUACUGCUCUGGCCAAAGGUGAAGCUGGCGGACCGUCACCGGGACACAGCAGAGGAGAGAACCGCAAGUCGUGGAACACUUAAGAGGCUCCGGAUCCGGUCGGUGGCAUCCGUCAUCAUCCGCACGCAGCAGCCGGACUUGGUGAUCGUAACUCUUCAUGAAGAGUGACGGUAGUGGUUUAUUUGGGCAGAUCUACAACCGGUUUCACUGCGUCUGGUCCUUCGCUGUACGUUUGGGUCGUUGCAUGAGUCAUUUCACGCUCCUCUGUUGGGAAAAGGAAACUGUUGACUUUCAUCGUGUGUUAAAGGACCAUGUCCAGUCCUAAAACAGUCGAGUUUACAUACACUCGUAAAGAACGUGUUCAUCGCAGCGUCGACGGCUCUCACAGACAAAAGCACUCAUGAAUUUUGGUUCAGUGAUGAAUUUAUUAUAAAUCUUCUGAUGAUCUGAUUCCACUCAAAGUGUGUGUAAACUUUUCACCACGACUCAGCAACUAAAAAAUACUAUUUGAUCAGGAACUGUGAAUGUUUUUGUAGGUUUCUACUGACACAUAACUAUUUGUAAUUAUUUUUAUUUUAAAACAUUUUAAUGAGCUCAUAUUUCUGCUGCAUCGACCUCCAACACUGGUGAGCUGCUCGUACCUGUCGGUGCCGUUUGAUUGGACGCAGGUGUUUUUAUUCUCGUGCCUUUUGAAUUAUUACGCCGACUUCUCGGUCAAUGUGCCUUAGUGAUGGAACCACCGGACUCUGAGCUGCUGGGGGGCUGAGAACCAGAUUUAUUUGAAUGUGUGUUUCUACUGUUUUAGAAAAUGUAAAACUUGCACUGCUGUUCUCAUACAAACUCUCCUGAGGGUUUGCAGAAUGUUUUGAUCACUUUGUCUUUCCAGCAAGUUUUUCCAGAUUAACUGAGAGCCGAUGAUGUUUUUAUUUCACUCGCCAGGUUUGAAUCAUGUCGUGUUUGUGGGAACCUGUUGAUUUGCACGUGACGAGGAUAUUUUGAGGGAUUGUGUCGGUUGUUUUCAUUUCUGUCUCCGGUGUUCACGAUCUCUUUGACUGCCUGACUGGUUAUUUAUUUUAAAAAGAUGAAGACAUGAUGCUGAUAAUGGGGAAAAAAAAGCAAAAUCAAGUUUUUAUAUGAAAUAAAUUUCAUUCUGCUGUCAUCAA